CCCGGAAGUGCGUGGCUUUAAUGCAAUGGCGGAGCCCAGGGAGAAAUCCGCUCUCGCGGCGUGUUUUUGCGCUUCUUUUCGCUGUUGUGUUGUUGUGUUGUUGUUGUCCGCUGUUUUCACCAUUGCGUUCGGUGUUUCGGGAUCCGAAAGCGACGCGUUUCGAGCCGGAAGUUCCGGUUUGUCUGCGGCGGCGGCGGCAGCGCGAGACGUGCGCUACCUGCUGUACGACGUGAACCCUCCUGAGGGCUUUAACCUGCGGCGGGACGUGUACAUCCGCAUGGCGUCCCUGCUGAAGACUCUGAGGCAGCGUGGCGACUGGGUGCUGGUUCUUCCCCCGUGGGGUCGUCUGUACCACUGGCAGAGUCCCGACGUGCACCAGGUGCAGAUCCCGUGGGCCGAGUUCUUCAGUGUCUCCAGCCUGCAGGCCAACGUUCCUGUCAUCGAGUACGAAGACUUCAUCGCAGAGUCAGGUGGGCCCUUCAUCGAUCAGGUGUUUGUGCUGCAGAACUACGCAGAAGGCUGGAAAGAGGGAACGUGGGAGGAGAAGGUGGACGAGCGACCCUGCAUCGAACGCCUCAUGUACAGUAAAGACAAGCAAGGAUACUACAGAGGCUGGUUCUGGGGUUAUGAGGAGACUCGAGCUCUCGGCGUGACCUGUCUGUCUGCUCAGGGACACGCCUCGGUUCUAGCGCCGCACCUACAGGAGAACGUCACUGCCAUCUCAGUGAUGUUAGACAGAGCUGAAACUGUCCUCCAUGAUCAUUAUGCAGGAAAAGAUUACUGGAACACCCGGCGCAGUAUGGUGUUCGCCAAACACCUGCGUGUCCUUGGAGACCAAUUUAGAGCAAAAUACCUCAACUCCACUGAUGAGCAGGACCACACACCCUACAGCGAGGACUGGACACGCAUGAGGGCCAAGUUGGGCAGUGCUAAAGGAGGCCCAUACCUGGGCGUGCACCUGCGCAGGAAAGACUUUAUCUGGGGUCAUCGUGAGGACGUACCAAGCCUGAAGGGGGCCGUGAAGAAAAUCCGCAGCCUCAUGAAGAAACACAAGCUGGAGAAAGUGUUCAUAGCUACUGACGCGGAGGAUGAAGAGGUGUUGAAGCUGAAGAGGCUUCUGCCUGAGAUGGUGCGAUAUGAGCCGGACCGAGCCGAGCUGGAGCUGCUGAAGGACGGAGGAGUCGCCAUUAUAGACCAGUGGAUCUGCGCACACGCCCGGUACUUCAUCGGGACCUCGGUUUCGACGUUCUCCUUCCGCAUCCACGAGGAGCGGGAGAUCCUGGGCUUUGACCCUAACAGCACCUACAACCGUUUCUGUGGCGACGAGGAGGAAGAGUGCGAACAGCCCACGCACUGGAAAAUAGUCUACUGAGCCGAGAAAACCCUCCACGGGAGCGAGAUCACAGACGGGCGAACACACGACUGCCUCUACAGGGUGUUCCGUGGCUCUCCAGCGUACAGUGUUUAGCGAGAAAGUGUUCCAGAAUUAUUGGCACCCUCCAUAAAAGCGAGCACAAAUUAAUACCCCGGUGCAAGGAGUCAUAUUUGGAGGUUGAGUUGCCUACACAUGGGCACGGUGUGUGAGUGUGUGUGUGUGUGUACUUUGUUAUACGCAAGAUUUUUCUUCAAAACAGUAUUUUCAAAAAUGUGUUUUUAUUUUUAUAGCGCAUUCAGAUCAAGGAAAUCCACAUGCACUGAUUCUUUUUAUAUAUUAUAAUUUAUAUAUAUAUAUAUAUAUAUACACACACACACACACACACACAGUAUAUAGUAUGUAUGGUUUCACCUGCUAGGAUAUUAACCACAUCUACUAUCGUUACUGAAGUAGUCUGAGUGGAAAAAUUUGAAUUGUUGUGUGAAAUUCUACAACAUUUCUUUUCACCCAUUCUCUGGAAGCGUGCCAAUAAUUCAGGAGUGGAAUAGACCGUAUCAUAUACCCGGACCCGAGCCAAAAAAAAUAAAAAAUAGCCACGCCUCAUUCUUUACUUCUCACGUGUUCAGUCCAGAUCGGUCCUGGAAUGCUGCCGAGCUUUAUUUAAGAACCGUUCCACACGAUGGAGCGGAGAGACCGAACGCGGUGGCGUUUCCCCUCAGUGACUCGGUGACGCUUCUCCAUGACGACUGUGUGUUUUUUUUUUUAAAUUUGCAGUAUAAAAUGUGUACAGUAUUUUUGUGAAGUGUGAUCUCGCAUAUCCGAAGUGUACGUCCGUGAGCUGCGGUGGCGUGCGGUGCAUGAGGUUGUGCUCAUGAAGACACGCACACAUACGCCGCUAUCUUUCAUUUCAACAGCUAUGUGAAAUAAAAUUUCAGUCUGUUUGAACCA